GAGAGGGGCAGCCCCGCACGCCGCGGCCAGACCCGCUCUCCUCACUGCUGCAGGCGCCCGCCCCGGCAUCACCCCCCCGCCCCGUCCAUCUUUCUUUAAAAAAACAAACAACAAAAGAAAAACAGACUGAGAUUUUUCUUUUUUUUCCCUCGUGCGUUUAAUCCGGUUUUUUUUUUCUUUUUUUCCGAGUUGCCUUUUUGGCCCUCGUCCUCACCCCUCCACUUUUUCAUUCACCCCUUUUUUCGCUAUAUUUUUUUUUUUACAACCCCCACCCACCACUACACGCCUCCUCCAGCGAUCCCCCUACCGCUCCCCCCCCCCCCGCCCCCCAAUUCGCUAACUUGUGGCUGUUGUGAUGCGUAUUCCCGUAGAUCCCAGCACCAGCCGGAGGUUCAGCCCCCCCUCCAGCAGCCUGCAGCCCGGCAAGAUGAGCGAAGUCAGCCCGGUCGUAGUAGCCCAGCAGCAGCAGCAGCAGCAACAGCAGCAAGAAGCGGCGGCCGCCGUGCCCAGGCUGCGCCCCCACGAUAACCGCACCAUGGUGGAGAUCAUCGCUGACCACCCCGCCGAGCUGGUCCGCACCGACAGCCCCAACUUCCUCUGCUCCGUGCUGCCCUCGCACUGGCGCUGCAACAAGACCCUCCCGGUGGCAUUCAAGGUGGUGGCCUUAGGAGAAGUGCCUGAUGGGACGGUGGUCACUGUCAUGGCUGGAAACGAUGAGAACUACUCUGCAGAGCUGCGAAAUGCUUCUGCCGUGAUGAAGAACCAGGUGGCCAGAUUUAAUGACUUACGAUUUGUGGGCAGAAGUGGAAGAGGGAAGAGCUUUACUUUGACAAUAACUGUCCUGACAAAUCCCCCCCAAGUCGCUACAUACCACAGAGCUAUAAAGGUUACAGUGGAUGGGCCAAGAGAGCCAAGAAGGCACAGACAGAAGCUUGAUGACUCUAAACCUAGUUUGUUCUCUGAACGCCUCAGUGAUUUAGGGCGCAUUCCUCAUCCCAGUAUGAGAGUAGGGGUCCCGACCCAGAGCCCACGGCCCUCUCUGAACUCUGCACCAAGUCCUUUUAAUCCACAAGGACAGAGUCAGAUUACAGACCCCAGGCAGGCGCAGUCAUCCCCGCCAUGGUCCUAUGACCAGUCUUACCCAUCCUACUUGAGCCAGAUGACUUCACCAUCCAUUCAUUCCACAACUCCCCUGUCCUCCACUCGGGGCACAGGACUUCCAGCCAUUACUGACGUGCCCAGACGCCUCUCAGGUGCUUCAGAGCUGGGCCCAUUUUCAGAUCCCAGGCAGUUCACAAGCAUUUCAUCCCUCACUGAGAGCCGCUUCUCCAACCCACGAAUGCACUAUCCAGCCACCUUUACCUAUACACCGCCAGUCACCUCAGGCAUGUCACUGGGUAUGUCCGCAACCACUCACUACCACACCUACCUACCACCACCCUACCCUGGCUCUUCCCAAAACCAAAGUGGACCUUUCCAGACCAGCAGCACUCCAUAUCUCUACUAUGGCACUUCGUCAGGAUCAUACCAGUUCCCCAUGGUGCCAGGAGGGGACCGCUCCCCCUCCAGGAUGCUUCCUCCGUGCACCACCACGUCCAACGGCAGCACGCUGUUAAACCCUAACUUGCCCAACCAGAAUGAUGGUGUGGAGGCGGAUGGCAGCCACAGCAGCUCCCCAACCGUCUUGAAUUCUAGUGGCAGAAUGGAUGAGUCCGUUUGGAGGCCAUACUGAGAUUCCUUCUGUAGCCAGCCCGACCUCCGCGAGCCAAAAAAAACCCAAACCAAACAAAUGGUCGACUAACUACGAAGUGCCUGGGUUUUGUGUUUUUAUUUUUGUUUUUUGUUUUUAAAUAGAUUUUACCAAUAUGUGCAACUGUGUAGAUGGGAUGAUAAUGGCCAUAAAUAACACAAGAGUUACCAACACACCACAACCCAUGUUUCAGAUUAUGUGGAUCAAAGCACAUAUUUCUUUUUUUCUUGGAACCAUUUUACCUUGUUUUAUAUUUAAGAUGUACUUUUUACACACACAAAAAAUCACCCCCUCUUUUUUUUUUUUUUUUUUUUUUUUGUAGAGUGUUGUAAUAAGUAGCAAGUACUUUUGCCAAUGAGGAGAGAACGGACUCCCCGGCUAUCAGGAGAAAUAUGGUGAUGCAAGGCAAAGGCUGCAUUCCCUUUGAUUUUUUACAAAUAAAAUCCUAACCAUGAACUCCAGAUACAGUUGCAAUCAUACAACAUAUGGGACCCUCUUCACACCCAUAGUGCAAUUCAACUGGCUUGUAUUGGUGCACAUAAAAAGGAAAGCAAAGAUUGAGUUGUUUCCAUUUUGCCAUGAUACAUUCAGGUGAAAAUAGCUGUCCCAAAAAAAGUUGGUCCAAGCCUUGCUGCAGAUAAUGGUUGGAACUUCUCUGUAUUCAUUGCUUUUUUGGUUUGUUUUUGGGUACUUAAAGAGAACGAGUCUUCAAGUUAGGCUAGACAACCCUGGGGUUUCCUUUUUGCUUUUGUAUCCGUUCAUUUUGCCUUCAAUCAGCCAAAAACCAAAAAGAACAACCAAAACCUUUAAAAAACAAAAAGCAAAAUGUUAUUACUUAUGCGAAAUAUGAAAAUGGCAAUAUAUAUUACUAGAGCCAAAAUGGUAUACAUAGUAUUUGUGUUCGGCUAUGUUCUUUUUUAUUUUUUUCUUCUUAAAUUAUAAAUGUGUAAAAUUUGAGGUUGUUUGCUAACAUGAAUCAUCAUAUAACUUUAAAAGAAUAUUUAUAAUUAUUUAAUGACAUUUGGACCCUUUAAACGUUUCUUAAUGUAAUGAUAUAUUGACUUCGGUCUCUAAAAGUGUUUUUGUUUUGUUUCUUUUGACAUUUCUGCAAUGGUGUAAACCUCAAACCUUUACCCAACUCUGAAAAGUAGUCCCAGUGUGAACCAGUUUACAAUGUGACUUAAAAAUGACAGACCCAAUCCAAAUCCAUCCACAUCAAAUGAUUUUGGAUGUAGGAUCUUUUUCUAUAACUUAUGAAGGAAAUAUUAUGUUUAAAAUGUUUUUAUUAGCUCUCUGGUUGCCUUCAACACAGUCUUGCCUUUUAAUCAGUAGUUGUGGAGACACUGGAAAAAUGGUGGGAAGGAUGAAAUAUUUUCCAGCCUUCCCCUAA